AUGGCAUCAAGAAAAGCUCUGAAUCACAUCCUGGUUCUGCCAAUCUUGCUGAUGAAUUGCUUUGUUUUGCAAAACACACAAGAGGUAGAAGAUUUUGUUACUGCAACCUGCAAGCACACCCUUCAUUUUCAAACAUGCGUUUCUUCCUUAAGAUCGGUUCCUAGUAGCAAGACAUCACAUCUCAAAGGGCUUGCUGAGAUUGCAUUAAAUCUGAGCACAACAUAUGCUACAAAGACUUUGUCCUAUGUUUAUGAGCUGAAGUCCUCUGCUGCCAGUGGCACCAAUAACAAUUACACGUCAAGUUGCUUAAGUGACUGCGUAGAGGAAUACUCAGAAGCCAUAGAGAAUUUGAAGGACUCAGCAGAAGCACUUGCCAAUGGAGAAUAUGACACAGUUGAUACAUUGGUCUCGGCUGCUAUGUCAGAUGCUGAGACAUGUGAGGAUGGCUUCAAGGACAUGCUCAGCGAUGACAAUGCUUCAAACUCUCCUCUUACCGAGCGAAACUGCUACUUCUCUGAGCUGUGUAGCAAUGCUCUAGCCAUUACAAAACUAUUAGUUUGA